AGGUGGCUACACCUUUACUCUGGCGAACUUUUAGAGAUGAUGCUCUUUGAUGGUUGUUUUAUUGUUCAGCUAAUCGAGGGGAUUUAUCCAGUAGAGGAUAUUUUUCAAGUGGGACGUAUUCAAACUGACAUUCGUCAUGAUUUAUUACUGCUAGAAAACCAGCUUCCUUUCUUUGUGCUUUUUGAGUUGUAUCGGAUGAUGGUGCCCAAUGCUGGAGAAGAUGUUCAUCACUUGGCUCGCUCUGCUCUUUCUUUUUUCAAAAUAUCCCACUUUCCUUCUCCCAAAACAGAUAUCAUGCAUCUACUGGACUUAGUACAUAGUUGUCAACAUCCUUCACAUCUAGGAAUAAAGAAACACGAGGAAUUUAAAGCAAAAGAAGCAGCAGCAGCAGUAGUACAAGCAUCGACAUCAGUAGUAGUAGCAGCAGCAAAACCAAAUUCCCAACGCUCAUGGAAGUUCAUACGUAGCGCAACAGAGCUGGAAGGUGCUGGAAUCAGUUUCUUUGGUGACCAUAUUGAGAAGAUGAAAGAUCAGAACCAAGGGAUAGAAGUCAUGUUUGAUAUAAUGUUCACCAAAGAUACCAAAGUACUCAAGAUUCCAACCUUACAAGUCAGCGAAUGGACAGAGUCUUUGUUCCGUAAUUACAUGGCCUACGAACAGUUCUUCCCAAGGGGGAAACCAACAUAUUUUGUUGAUUAUGUGGUGUUCAUGGAUAACCUCAUCAGCACAGGCAAGGAUGUGCAACUGCUUUGUGAAAGUGGAGUUAUUGAUAAUUGGUUAGGAGACGAUGAAGCAGUUGCCCUAAUGUUUAACAAACUUCAGGACUCCAUUUACAUGAUGUCUGAAGACUUCUACUAUGCUGACAUAUUUGGUAGGGUAAACGAGCACCGCCAAAGAAAAUGGAACAAAUGGAAGGCAGCAUUGAAGAAAAAUGAUUUUAACACUCCCUGGUCCCUCAUAUCAUUUCUUGCUGCGCUUGUCUUGCUCCUGCUUACCCUGCUGCAAACUAUAUUUUCGGUUCUUUCUUAUGUUAAACAGUAAGACCAAAGCCAAAGUUCAUCAAAUCUUCCUAGAUUUCUUCUGCUGCUUUGGAUUGUUAAUCAGGCUUUGACACUAUGCUAUGGGAGUUUUGAACACUUGGCUUCCUACUUUAUUGGUGACUUUGUAUUUUUAAGGUGUUAUCUUGUUUCUCAUUUAGGCUCCCCUUGGAUUGGCUUUUACCAUCCAAAGGAAGCCUUAAUUUCUAGAUUUGUAGAGUGUAGUGUCUUUGUGGAUUCCUUUUUUCUUAUGACUUUGUAUGUGUUCCAAGUGCUUCGUGUUAUUAGUCUGGUCUUUGUAUGAAUAAGGAUUGGUUUGGGUUGUGGGAUACAUGUUCAUCUUUCUGUGUAAUCUCUUCUUUUUAUUUAUUUAUUACGUUGGAUUCAA